GCCUCACACAGUAUGAGCACUAUUCUCAGUCAGGUUGAAUCACAAUUGGAGGAGAGUCCAGUUCAGAGACGAGUGAGCAGAUCCUACCAGAUCUUCCCUGAAGCUAACACGAAUGAAGUGUCAGAUUCCAGCUCCUGUCCUGAAGACUUUUUGUACAGGAGGGAGCGACUCCCCUCUAUAGUUGUGGAGCCUACAGAGCACAGUGAGCUGGAGAGUGGGCAGCUGCGCUGGCCCCCACGAGGCGUAAUAAGUAACAAUGUGGAGGAGGAAGAGGAGGACAGCAGUGCUCAUUGUACAGAGGGCUGUGAGCAGCAGGAAGAUGUGGGGAUGGAAGAAAGCUCAGUUGCCAGAAAGUCUUCUAUUGGACCUUCCCAGACUCAACUGUGCCUCUCUCGGCUGACACCACCUGCUUCCCCCACCCCCCCUGAGGCUGCCCCGCCCUGUCUGAGGAGCUAA